UCAUUACUAGCAGUAUCAAGGUACUUCUUUGCUGCCAUCUCAGCCUUCGCCAUGUUUCUUUGUUCGUUUCUGGAGGUGAUCCUAGUUGUGCUGUUUGAAGGUUUCUUGGCAUCAGGUGCUAAGACUCUAGUGGAAGGAACUGUGGGUCAGAACAUCACUUUACCCUGUCAUUACUCUACUGACAAAUAUGGGAUUUUAUCCACAUGUUGGGGGCGAGGGACUUGUCCCACUUUUGCAUGUACUGAUACAGUUGUCAAGACUGAUGGACAACAAGUAACAUACAGACAAUCCAAUAUGUACCAACUAAUGGGAAAUAUUAGUCAAGGAGAUGUGGAACUGACCAUUGUGAAUGUAACUGAAACAGCUACAGGGAUGUAUUGCUGCCGUGCGGAAAUCAAAGGCUGGUUCAAUGAUCAGAAAGUAAAUGUGGAAGUUGUCAUUGAGAAAGGGAACUCAGAUCCCAUUUCAGAUGGAGUGCCAGCUGCCACAUGUUUCACUGAAUUGUUCAUUCCUGAAGAAUCAUCAAGGCCAUCCAGUACAGAUCCACCACCUGAUAAUAUUUCUAUAUAUUUUCCCACACUGUUAAAAGAGCAAAGGAAGCUAGAAACCUGGUCAGGCCUAUGGAUUGGCAUUGGAACAGCUGCCAUAUUCCUAUUCAUCAUUCCAGGUGUGAUUCUGUUGCUACUAAAGUGGUAUCUACCCAAGAAUCAGAAGAUUUUUAUUUUUACAAGGCAGGCAGGAUUCCCAGAGACUGGAGGGAUUCAACAGAUUCUGGAAUCUGGGAUCCAUGGGCAGGAAAAUAUAUAUGAGUUGAUGUUUGUUUUCUGGGAGCUGUUACCCCUGCCUUUUCUGAAGGUGUUUGAAGUGGGCAACGUAUCUCAAACAGUAGUAAGAGGUGUGGUGGGCCAGGAAGUCACAUUGCCAUGCACCUAUAAUGUCCGAGAUGGGACAACCCACAUGUGCUGGGGCCGAGGCAGCUGUCCAAAUUCUAAAUGCAGCAAUGAAAUUCUCCGUACAAAUGGGAGGAGGGUGACAUCAAGAACUUCAGGGAGAUACCAGCUAAAAGGAUGGAUUGCCAUAGGAGAUGUAUCUCUCUCCAUUGUAAAUCUGAAAGAAGAAGAUAAAGGAAUGUACUGCUGUCGUAUUGAAGUCUCUGGGUGGUUUAAUGACUUGAAAAAGACCUUGAAUCUACAGAUUGACAGAGCUACAACCACAACCUCCCGAACAACUACAAUGACCAAAUCUCAUACAGUUCCUGUUGCGACCACCUCUGUUCCCCUACCAACCAUGAUGACUUCUCCAACAACUGCUUUUUUCUUAACAGCCAGUCCUCCUCCUUUAGCAGCUCCUACUGUUGCCCCAUUAACGACUAAUGUUCCACUAAAGGCUACAUCUUCUAUGACUGAAGCCACUGAGUUUUUGACCAGUGACCCUCCAUUUGUGAACAUCAACCCUUCAACAGCUACUCUUCAAAUAAUGUAUGAUUACAACUAUUAUUUUCCUACCACAGAAUCAGAGAUUGCAACUUCUACUGCAGUGACAUCUCCAACAAGUACUCUGCUGACUCCCAAGAACCUUAAAACUAUUGACAACCUGCCCACAUCAGUCUCUGCUGCUGCACUGCCAAUCACUAAUGUUUCAUCAAUCACCACAUCUUCUACAUCAACAGCUGAUGCUCUUCUGACAGCUUCUCCUCCAUUAGACAACAUCAAAUCUCCAUCAACUAGUUUUCAUCAACAGUUCACUGUAAAUGGCAGUUCCUGUGCUACAGAGGCUUUUCAUGCAGGGAUAGUGCAUCACAGGAAGACACCUGCAGAUAAUUAUGUUGCAGUUUCUUGUGCUGUUGUGGUUCUUGUCCUACUCCUGGUGCUACUGGUAUUGAUAAUGAAAAGAAAAAAUAUAAGAGAAUAUCGGCUCAACAAAACAAAAAGAAGAAAGCCCAACUUCAAGGAAGGACCUCAGUCUCAGUGGAAGGCUCCACCACUAAAGAUAAGGAACCUUUGGAUCCAACCCAUUGCACUGUUAGUAAAUAGACAAAUAGUGUUGCAUUUACCUGUAAGAGUUGUUCAUUGAGUUCCAGUUUCAGCAGGUG